AAUUUUCGUCAUGAAAAAAGAAACAGAUGGUAACAAAACACCGCCUGACGAACCACCACAGCAAGAGUUUCGAAGGCCUUCUGAUGGAGAUGGGAAAGGAGUACCAACUAGCCGAUACAUUAAAACUACUGAGGGCGCGGAAAGUUCGAAAUUUGAAAAGGUCGCAGUGGCCCUUUGCUGGAUGCUAGUCGUUUUGACAUUUCCCAUCUCCAUGUUGUUCUGCCUGUUAGUCGUCCCCGAGAAUCGCCGAAUCGUUGUCCUACGUUUGGGGCGCCUCAAGAAGGGCCUUCUCGGACCUGGUCUAGUUUUUUAUUUACCCUGCAUCGAUAGCCUUCACAAAGUGGACCUCCGCACCCGUGUGACAAACGUGAGGCCACAGGAUGUGCUUACCAAGGAUUCGGUGACGAUAACCGUCAACGCGGUUGUUUAUUAUUGCAUUUACAAUCCGAUUGACUCGAUUAUCCAGGUCGAUGAUUUCCGGCAGGCCACGCAAAUGAUUUCCCAAGUAACUCUGCGAAAUGUUGUGGGUUCCAAGACCCUCAAUAUCCUGCUUACUUCGCGGCAAGCCCUUUCCCGUGAAAUUCAGGUGGCGGUAGCUGGUAUCACAGCUCGUUGGGGAGUUCGGGUGGAGAGAGUGGAUGUGAUGGAUAUAGUUUUGCCACCAAGCCUGGAGCGUUCCUUGGCCAGCGAGGCGGAGGCUGUGAGAGAAGCGCGUGCCAAGAUUAUUUUGGCCGAAGGAGAACUUAAGGCCUCUAAAGCUCUCAAGGAGGCCUCCGAUGUGAUGUCAGAGAAUAGGAUCACUUUGCAAUUAAGACACCUACAGAUUCUUUCGUCGAUUGCCACAGAACGAAGAGUGAGAAUCAUCUACCCUAUCCCCCUGGAGAUUAUGGAGCCUUUUAUGAAGGAUGGAAAAAAAGGUGGUGAUGCAAACGAUGGUGAUGGAAAAGAUGGCAAUGACAAAGAUGGAGGUGCAAAUGAAACCGCUCCAAUUGCUGCCAACCAAUCUGGUGGAGGUGUUGCAAAAGAACCUGGUGGAGUAGGUGAAUCUCGUAGUCCAGAUGACUCUGCUCAUAACUGGCGGUCGGGCGCAGGAGCUCCGAGUACCAGUGGCCUGUUGUCUAAUAUGUUUUUUGGCGGGCCUAGAUUUCAACCAGACUUGGAGCCCAUAAGGUCCCAUGAAAGAGUUCAUCCUGAGCCCUCCAGCCCUGGACCAAGUAACUUCGUUCCAUGCUCUACGGACUUUAAGGAUGCUACGGAGACAAGCACUAAGCAGACAAGAAGUAUUUCCCAACCACCAAGUAUAUAA